GAAGGUGUGUUCCGGCUCUCCAACGAGGACUACUUCAUUGAGCCCCUGGACACUGCCCCAGCCCGGCCCAGCCCAGCCACGCCCAGCCCAUGUGGUGUACAAGCAUCAGGCCCCAGAGAGGCUGGCACACCUAUGGCACCUGACUCUGCCAGCCAUUCUCCCCCCAGUGCCCAGGCCAGAAUAACUAACCUCUAUUACUGGGACCUGGAGUGUGGUACCCAGUGCCUCCUCUGCAGAGCAGCAGUAGUGCUGGCCAGUCCAGCUCUGGUACUGCAUUUGCUGGAGCACAUAUCCACAGAGGUGGCUGGCCUGUUUCAUGACCCCAGCAUUGGGAACCGCAUCCACAUCACCACUGUGCGCCUGGUCCUUCUGGAAGAUGAAGAGGAGGACCUAAAGACCACACACCAUGCAGACAACACCCUGAAGAGCUUCUGCAAGUGGCAGAAAAGCAUCAACAUGAAGGGGGACGCCCACCCCCUGCACCAUGACACCGCCAUCCUGCUCACCAGGAAGGACCUGUGUGCAGCCAUGAACCGGCCCUGUGAGACCCUGGGCCUGUCCCACGUGGUGGGCAUGUGCCUGCCGCACCGCAGCUGCAGCAUCAACGAGGACACAGGCCUGCCGCUGGCCUUCACUGUAGCCCACAAGCUUGGGCACAGUUUGGCAAUUCAGCGUGACAGAAGCGGCAAUGACUGUGAGCCCGUUAGGAAACGGCCUUUCAUCAUGUCUCCACAGCUCCUGUAUGACGCGGCUCCCCUUACCUGGUCCCGCUGCAGCCGCCAGUACACCUUGAGGACACUUGACCGUGGGUGGGGCCUGUGCCUGGAUGACCCUCCUGCCAAGGACAUCAUUGACUUCCCCUCGGUGCCGCCUGGCGUCCUCUAUGAUGUGAGCCACCAGUGCCGCCUCCAGUAUGGGGCCUACUCUGCCUUCUGCGAGGACAUGGAUGUGAGUGGGGCCGGUGUGGGUGGGGGGGUGUGGGGACCCAGCAGGAGGGCUCAGGGGACAGUUCUCACCAGCCCAUGGAUGCCAGCCUGGGAGUAACCUCACCUGGCCUGGGCUGCGCCCCCGAGUGAUACUGUGAGACGUCAAGUGGCCUGUGGGAGAGGCCAGGGAUGGGCGGCCACAGUCCCCGCUCUGAUUUCUGGGUCAACCAUGGACCAACUGUGA